GGCGAUAGCUAGCUAGCACCGCCCGCCGCGUCCGUACACCGGAGGGAACAUGCUCUCCGCCGCCGACGCCCGCUGCCACGGCGGAGCUGCCCGACGACUACGGCUCCGGCUCCGGCUCCAGCCACGCUCCUGCCUCGCUUCCCCGCCGGCCUCCGGAGAAGGAGGCUGCCGCGAGUCCGAAAAAGCGAGACCUUUGCUCGUGGAGAGAUACCAGGAUGGGAUUUCCAAGAGGUAUGUACUGGAUGGAAACUCUAAGGUACAGGUUCAAUCGGAGAAGCAUGAAUCUCUGGUAAACAGAUUGGAAAAAGAAGAUGAUGCAAAUUCUUUGAUUCCCCGGGCUAUUAAGGACUUUGUACUUCCGGCUGGGUUUCCAGGGUCAGUUUCAGAUGAUUACAUGGAAUACAUGCUAUGGCAGUUACCAACAAAUGUAACAGGAUGGAUCUGUCACACGCUGGUUACAUCAACACUUCUGAAGGCUGUAGGUGUUGGGUCCUUUACAGGAACUUCGGCAGCUGCUUCUGCUGCUGCUAUAAGAUGGGUUUCGAAAGAUGGCAUAGGGGCUUUUGGGCGUCUUCUCAUUGGUGGAGGAUUUGGCACUCUUUUUGAUGACGACCCAAAGAAGUGGCGGAUGUAUGCCGAUUUCAUUGGAAGUGCUGGAAGCAUCUUUGAGCUCAUCACUCCUCUCUAUCCUGGAUAUUUCCUCCCACUUGCAUCAUUGGGGAAUCUGGCAAAGGCUGUAGGAAGAGGAUUUAGAGAUCCAUCUUUCCGUGUUAUCCAAAAUCACUUUGCGAAAUCUGGAAACUUAGGGGAGGUUGCUGCAAAGGAGGAAGUAUGGGAAGUAGGAGCUCAAUUGUUAGGCCUUUCUAUUGGUAUACUUAUUAUGGAUACAGCAGGUAUAAAGUCAUCGUACUCAACACUUGCUUCGACAUGGCUUAGUAUCCGUCUUCUACAUCUUUGGUUCCGCUAUCAGUCCCUAUCAGUUCUCAAGUUCCGCACAGUAAACCUGAAACGUGCUCGGAUUCUUGUGAGAUCACAUGUUGCACAUCACAUGGUUCCUGAUUAUAAGACUUGCAAUGAGGAGGAGAAUAUUUUAACAUGGGAAAGAUUCUUGCAUCCACAAAUUUCUUUUGGUGUUCCCAUGGAGAGAAUGCUUUGUGGAGAGGAACCCAGUGACAUGGUGGAUAGAAUACUAAAGCUGUACAGGAAUGAGAAAUACGUCCUCUUUGUCAAGCCGUUUGGAUCAAGCGGAACAGCAUGUUUUGUUACAUUCAAGGAGGCUGCAACCAGCAUGUCAGUCCUCAGGAGCAUAUGGCAAGCGCAUUGGCUUCACAAAAAUCAGCUAAGACAGGAUGAUGUUUUUUCUUGGCUAGAGGAUAGCGUUCUUGCGUUGGAAAAAGGAUUUACCGACUUCCUGAAACAAAUGGAAAUAGCUGGCUGGGAUCAGAAUCAGGUCAUUUUGAAGGUGCCAAAAGAACCUGUCCUGGUGAUGGAAUACCCUGAUCAAGAAGUGUAAUAUAGUAAGAUGACAAUUCCAACUAACUAAUCCAUUAUAGCAAUUUUGAUGUGCAGCCGGUUCUGACUUAAUAGUACAAUCCUGUAGUUUGCUUCCACUCCUAAUGCUGAGUGAUGAAUCAACGUUAACCGAACAGUAAAUAGAAGCCAAAACCUCUGAGGCUAACUGUCUGCACUGGAAGCAAAUAUUGCCUGGCAUAUGGCCAGGUUUUCAUUGUGACAUAAACAGAUAUAUCACUGUUAAUGAUUAAAUGCAUCAGCUUGUUCUGCUGCUGCUACUGCUACU